AUGCUUUUUGCGAGCGUUACCGAGUCCACAGCCGCCGCGCCUUCCGGUCCCGCUUUCUCGCCAGGGGGAGUCAUCGUUCCCGCGUUGCUUGGCGCGGGAGUCCUGGGCGGUGCGACAUUCGCUCUGGUGUCUAAGGCGGUUAAGCCGGCAGCCAGUGCGGCUCCGGCGGCGGGGAAUGAGGCUAAUGGCGCUGCCGUUUCGCGCGCUAAGAGGGCCGCGCCCGCGGCGCUAGCGACAAUGGCGGCGACGUUCCCCAACGCGAUGCAGGAGGAGAUGUUCAUGCACGCCGUGGCGGACGAGCUGCGCAACCUCGGCUUUAAGCGCGACAACUGCAUCGCGCUCGUCAACACGUGUCGCGACGAGGUCUGCCGGCCCAUCGUGAACCUGAUUGAUAAGGAGUUUGGGCUCAGCUUUAACAUCGCGGGGCUGGGAGGGCUCGUGAACUGCGGCAAGACGGGAUUCAAGGCUGCGAUGAGCCACUCGCCGGAGUUCCCGUGCGAAACCGACGGAAAGCCUCGCGAACGAUACAUCUUCUUCGGCUUCCCCCACGUGUCCAUUGGAGAGAGCGGCGAGGUGGGGUCGCUGCUUCGCCGCGGGCGCGGCAAGCCGUCUUCGGCGUGCGGAGCGCUGAUCGCCAUCCAGGGCGACAUCUCCGCUGGAGGCGAGAUCGAGGAGGACCCGAACAACGCGGAAUAUGUUCUGCUAAAAAAGAAAAUCGCCGCUAAGAUCCCCCCUAGCUCAGGCAGCCCUUCCCUGGUGCAGGUGACUCGCGCUGCUCUGCAAGCCAUCACUGACGACCUGGAGAACCUCAUCUCCCUUACAGUCGACCCCGCUACAGCAGACUAUGCUGUCAUUACAGGAGUGCAGAUUCACUCUGGGAACCAGGUUCCUGGGGAGGAGUUCCGGAUUGAGCGCACUUGUGAUUAUAUCGCUCCAAACGCUAUGUAUGCAGUCAUCAGGGGGGAGAAGCACAUUCUGCACUGCGAGCCAGCGCCCGUCGCUUCUUGCGGUUGUUCGAGUCUUUCCACCGUCCUCGCCACCAUGAGUGCGAUGAAAUUUUGUCGCGAAUGUAACAACAUUUUGUAUCCGAGAGAAGAUAGAGAGAACCGCGUAUUGCUGUAUGCAUGCAGAAACUGUGACCAUCAGGAGGCAGCAGAGAACAAUUGCGUGUAUCGCAAUGAAGUGCAUCACACUGCAGAUGAGAGAACGCAGAUCCUGCAAGAUGUAACAGCAGAUCCCACACUUCCUCGCACCAAGGCAGUUCGCUGUGCCAAAUGUGCCCAUGGCGAGGCUGUGUUCUUUCAGGUAUAG